AUGGUGUGUAAGGAGAACGUGGUAUCAUGGUUUGGGAAUCUGUCCAGUUAUAAACGCAUCGAUGUCAUGUGCACGUUAUUAAAUAUGUGCCUGCCAUUUGAAGUACGAUAUCUUGGCACUUGUGUGGAGGAUAUUGGUAAACGGGAUUAUAAUGACCUCCGUGAUACGGAACAUCAUGCAAAUGGUGCCUCUGAUCUUGUUGAGUUAACGACCUUAGGCGUGGCAGAUAAACGCACACGAAGGAAACUUGCUCUCUAUAUGGCAUUAUUACAUUCUUGUAAUUAUGCCUGUGCAGCAAUCUUGUAUAAGAAUCUAUCAAAUUUUGACUACCAAGAGAUCUCUAACCUAUUAAAUGGGACCACCUAUACACCGGAUGACCAACCUCUAGAAGAGUUGCUCUUAUUGUAUACAAUGGCUUUAAAUCAUCCAGCAUUUACAUAUGAGCAAAAAAGUGUCUUCGGUAACAUUUAUAUAAAGCUUCAGGAAGAAGAAGCUCGCUUGAAUCUCUCGAAGUCAAAUGCAUCAUACAAGCAGACACAAGGUUGCACACCAUGUAUGAAUACAAAUGAAAGAUUAGUGGACACAGAGAUGCAGGGUAAUUGUAUGAUGGCUCCCCCUCCGAUGCAGACUUACCAUGGAGAAAUGGCAAUGAGAAAUAAUACCAUGGUAACUGGAGUUCCCCCUGGUCUUUCCAUGCCCCCACCUGGAUUAUGUCUGCCAACUCCAGAACAAAUGCCAAUGGGAUCAGGUGGUGCAACACAAUAUCUUCACCUUGGUUUUCCAUCAGUAAAUCAUAUGCCACCAUGGACAGGUCAGGUUAUGAUGGGGAAUCAACUGAUGUAUCACACUGGCGACAUGUUGGCUUAUCCACCUUCCCCCUUAGUCAGCCGUCAAUCGUCACCAUCCCAGUCUCGAUCUCCCAGUCGCAGCAAUUCCCCAAUGGGUCGCAGAAAUAAUACAAUGCCACGCACCUCUUCGCAAGUGACUCAGUCUACUUCAAAUACUUUAACGUCAACGAGUGCCUCUAACAGUCAGACAAACAUCUCCAGUUCAAAUGUCAAUUCCCUUCCUCCACUCGCUGCACUGGGUACGAGCAGAAGUCAUCCUAGUCAACCUCUAUUGCUUCCAUCACGCUCAGUUCCCUUGUCUAUCAGCAGUUCUACCACUUUUUCACGUCAUAAUAGUAUCGAGAAUACUCCUUCUACCUUAAUUCCGACAGCACCUCAAUCAAAGCAACCACCGCCACCACGACUGCGAUCUUCAAUUUCUGGUGAUUCCUUACGAGAAACUUUAGGAAAGGAAAUGCCAAAUUUCAAAGGCAAUUUGCAGAAUUUUUCUCACGACGAGAUUCGAAGAAUGAGCGACGAAGAUUUAAGGGAAAUAGGAUUAACACAGAAUGCAGUGGGACAACUACGAAGUAUAGUUAAGAGUCAAACUACUAAUGGUUUAAAUCAAGUUUCUUCUGACAAAAAAUUGGACAGUACUACUACCACAACACACACAGUUGUGGAUUCAUCUGAAAAUGAGGUUAUAACUGGAAUGGAGAUGUUGAAUGAUGGAAAUCAAAGCAGUAAGUCAAUGCCAUUACAGGAACAGCAUCCAGCGAUGCAUCACCAUCAUAAUCAUGCAGCUACUCCUAAUUUACGGCGAUAUCCUAUGCCACCACUAGAUCCUGCGCAAAUACAAAUGUAUCCUGCACCGCCACCGAUGUAUGCUGCACAGAAUGCACCAUGUUAUGCCUGUCUUACAUUACCUGUUGCUGGGGUACAAAACCGUUAUUCGAGGUGUAAUGCUCAACAUGUAUAUUGUCUGACACAAUUACAAGCCUUGAGGUUAGACCCUGAGAGCAGUAGACACUGUUCACAGAGCAGUAGCUCUGAUAGUACUGGUAGUAGAUCUCCGCCAGAAACUCCUCCAGCAGCACCAUGGGUGAGCGGAAAUGAAAGCAAUGCACCACCAGUUUCUGAUCACCUUAGUUCUGCACCAGUACAUUCUACAAGUGCAGUAUCACAUCCCGGAUCCCAACAAUCUAUACAAUCAGGCCCGGAAAGGCAACGUACUAGAAGGAACCAGACACAUGUGUUGCGUCAUAAAAAUCAAAUGGUGAAUGGUGGUGGGCCACCGAAUCUUUCGCAAUGCGUUUCCUUUCCCGCACCACCAUCGCAUUCGCAGGUCACGUAUCUGCCGCAUGGUCAUUUCUCAGCUUUGAGACCAAGUAGUGGUAUUUAUUCUAACUUCUCGCAUGGACCGUAUGCAAGGCCAGCUUAUCCGACCACGUACCAACCGAACGGUGAAAUGAUGUACCAAUAUCCUGGACAUCCAUCUUCGGGAGGAACGCCACCACCUCCACCGAAUGCAGCCGCGACACCUGUACAAGCGCCAUAUAUGCCACCUACUCCAGUUGUUACAUAUGCACCAGCUGCCGUCCCACCAACGAAAAUUUCGUGUUACAACUGUGGCAGUAGUAAUCAUCUCGCAGUUGAUUGUAAAGAUCAGAGUAUGGAGGAUCUUACCAAAAAAGCUCAGUAUCGCUUAGACUACAGUAUAAUGAAACAACCUGGAGACUGCCCAAGUUCUGACAAGUGAUCCCCUGCCACAGACCAUCCAGCAAUUUAUCACUAUCAUCAUUACCGUAAUUACUGUUACCAUCAUUGUCACUAUCAUUGCCAUUACCACUAUUACUACGAUCCCGUCACAGCAAUACAACCUAAGGACCGUUCAAAAGAUGACUGCUAUCGCUCCUCGUGCAAGUUUUCGGUGAUUUUUGUAGA